AGCACCUCGUAUAUUCAAUCAUUGAGGGUUGGCCAUCAUGAAAUUUAUUUUUUCUUCCGAAUACAAUAACAUUUGAAUUAUUACUAAUAUAUGAGAAUUUAUGUGUAUAUAUAUAAUUCACAUAUUACAUCUGAAAAACAUCAACUUGUUAAAUGACCUACACGUUUCAAUGUUUUCUUUUUUCUUUUUUUUCCGAAAAUAAUCUGAAAAAACAAUAAACCUUAUAAGUUACUAACCCAAAGCAUUUUUCACAACUAGAAUCUUCUACUCUCGCUCUUUCAAUCAGCAAACGGUGCAGAGGUGCUGUGAGCGUGAAGUAUUGGCUAGUAAGAUCGUGUCGUUGUUGAUUUUGCAGAAGACGCGAAACCAUGGCGAAGGCUGUUGCAGUGCUCAGCAGCAGUGAGGGUGUCAAGGGCACUAUCUACUUCACACAGGAAGGAGAUGGCCCCACGAACGUAACGGGAAAUAUCUCCGGCCUUAAGCCGCCCGGGCUCCACGGCCUUCAUGUGCAUGCCCUCGGUGACACCACCAAUGGCUGCAUGUCAACUGGGCCCCAUUUCAAUCCGACUGACAAAGAUCACGGUGCUCCUGAUGAUGAGAUUCGACACGCUGGUGAUCUUGGCAACGUCACAGCUGGAGACGACGGUACCGCUACUUUCACCAUUGUUGACAAGCAGAUACCACUUUCGGGACCACAUUCCAUUGUUGGGAGAGCUGUAGUUGUCCAUGCCGAUCCUGAUGAUCUUGGAAGAGGUGGACAUGAACUUAGCAAGGCCACUGGAAAUGCUGGUGGAAGAGUUGCUUGUGGUAUCAUCGGCCUCCAAGGCUGAAGACACGACGACACCCGACCCGUUGUGUGCGCUACUUCUCGUUGCAAUAGACACUCUAGUUUACUACCUAGAGUUUUCUUAGAAUCUUAAUAAAAGCUUUUGUUGGAAGGGUUUGAUGCAUUGCAGUUGUACCUAUCUGUUUUAUCCAAAUAUUUUGUGUCUGAUCAUCGCAGCAUAUAUGCAUUUUGAGCCCAUGCAUUUUAUA